ACAUAUAACCAAACAGGCUCUAUGAACUUGAAAACGAAACAAAAGCUGAAGUGCUCUUUAAGUAUUUUUUGAACAAAGAACUCUGAUAUGGGCGAUUGGAUCAUUGAAUUGAUUAGAAAGCUGCAGCGAUGUAUACUAGUAUCAAGUUUUCGUCGAUCGCGGUACUUAUGAUAAUGAUGCUGCGUGAGUCGUCAGGACAGCAGAAACCCAGACAUAUUGUGUUUAUUGUAGCUGACGAUCUCGGCUGGAAUGACGUUGGUUUCCACAAUCCAGAUAUAAUAUCUCCAAAUAUUGACAAGCUUGCUAGACAAGGGGUAAUACUGAAUAGUUCAUACGUACAACCAGUAUGUACACCCUCUCGUCACUCUUUUAUGUCUGGCGUUUAUCCAUUUAAAGCCGGAUUACAGCACGGGACUAUAUCGCCAGGGCAACCAGUAUGCUCCCCUCUCUCAAUGCAAUUUUUUCCUGAGAAGCUACAGAAACUUGGGUACUCCACACACAUGAUUGGCAAGUGGCAUCUGGGAUUCUGCAAUUUGGAAUGCACACCUACAAGACGUGGGUUUGACUCGUUUUUAGGAUUCUACAGUGGUAUGGAGGAUUAUUACAAUAAGACCAGAAAUAAUGGUAUUGACUUCAACGACGGUAUAAAAGCUAUACCAGCAGACAAUAGAUAUUCAACUUACAUUUAUGCAGAGCGAGCAAAGCAGAUUAUAAUUAACCACAAUGAGACCAAACCAUUGUUCCUAUACCUUCCAUUCCAGUCAGUACAUGCACCGAUUGAAGUACCUAAACGAUUUGAAGACAUGUACCAACAUAUCGUCAAUGAUAACAGAAGAAAGUUCUCAGGCAUGGUGUCGGCUAUGGAUGAAGCUAUUGGUAAUGUGACACAAGCUUUAACUGACAAUGGACUGAUAGAGGACACGUUAUUCAUAUUUACGUCUGACAACAGUGGCUGGCCUAUCCGCGGUGGUAACAAUUACCCUUUGAGAGGUGGUAAAAUAACUAUAUUUGAAGGGGGAACAAGAGCCGCAUCAUUUGUCUCUGGGUCUGGAAUCGAGAAAAAUGGAUCUACAUAUGAAGGACUAAUACACGCCGUUGACUGGCAUCCGACAAUUCUUUCAGCCGCUGGUAGCUAUGUUGAUAACAUAGAUGACAGUAUUGAUGGAUUAGAUCAAUGGAAUGCGAUUAGCACAGGCGCUAAAUCGGCUAGAAAUGAGUUCGUUUAUAACUUAGAUGACUCAAUCGAUCCAACAACUGGUCAUGCUGCCAUACGAGUAGGUGAUUUCAAGCUUAUAUCCGGAUAUCCGGGACCUUAUCAGGGCUGGUACAAACCGGAACAAGAAUUAAAAGGCGCGUCUGCUGGAUUUAAUAGUACAUGGUCUGGGGAUGGUCUGUACAAUUUGAAGGAUGACCCAACAGAGCACCAUGACCUCUCUAAAGAACACCCAGAUGUUGUUAUUAACCUCAAAGCUAAACUAGAUGAGUACAGAAAAGCAUAUGUCAAACCAAAUGAUCCAAAGAAUGAUGAUAAAGCUGAUCCAAAAUACCAUGGUGGUCAUUGGAUGCCCGGAUGGUGUUAGAUGUUUACUUCUGUGCUAUAUUUAGAUCUUUGUAAACAUUUUUCUUAACUUUCUGUUUAUUAUAAAUCAAUAUUAUUACGAGCAACACAAGUCAUGACAACCCAACUUUCCGCAUAUAAAUAUUCGUUACGGACAAUAAUUGAGUUGGUCGAAGUAGUAAUAAUGAAAUGAAAUGUACCUGAACAUGACAAUAUAUUGUACAUCGUAUACAUUAAACAAUUACAUAAAACAAUGAAUGUACAUAUUAUAUACUGGUUAGAUAAAACCUUUAAAACCA